AUGGAAGCCACACCACUCGCGUCCCUAUCAUUGACGCACGUACACUACAACCCUCACGAUCCCAUAUCUUACCUAUGCGCCUGGCUCGCGCUCGCUCCUCAAUCCCUCUGCGUCAUCUACGUAACCCUGAUAUGGUCAACGCGCGAAGUGGAGAUCCUCCUCAUGUUCAUGGGACAAAUGGGCUGCGAGGCGCUCAAUUUCCUGCUCAAGAGGUUGAUUAAGGAGGAGAGGCCGAAACAAAUGUACGGCAAAGGCUACGGCAUGCCCUCCUCGCACGCCCAAUUCGUCGCUUAUUUCUCCAUCUCCCUCUCCCUUUUCCUCCUGAUUCGGCAUAACCCGCCAACGCCUCCCCAAUCAUCUCCGUCCAGCCAACCCUUACCCUACAGCCACCGGCCGCUGAAUCUGCUUCAGCGCUCCUUCCUCUCCGUCCUGACCAUGGCGCUCGCUGCAUCCGUCGCGCUCAGUCGCAUUUAUCUCAAUUAUCAUACUCCAACGCAAGUCUCUGUAGGAUGUGUAGCGGGUGGUGCUUGUGCGAUAGCUUGGUUUGGAGCUACGGAGUGGGCGAGGCGGGAAGGGUGGGUAGAUGUGGGGUUGGAUAGCUGGGCAGGAAGGAUGGGGAGGUGGAGAGAUUUGGUUGUCGAGGAGGAUUUGGCUGAGAGUGGGUGGAAUGUUUGGGAGGAGAGGAGGAAGAGGCGGAGAGAGCAGAGACAAGUGAACGAGGUGGGAAGGAAGAAGAGGCGAUAG